AGGGUGUGAAGAUGUGUGCUCAGGAAACCCGCUACUGCACGGACGGCGUCCAGCGCCUCGGCACCGCUCUCGACAAGCAGCCGCCGCGCCAGCGCAGUAUCAGGGCUCUGGACGGCGUCCUGCGCUGGGUCUUCACCAAGAUGAGCGAGAAGAAGUUCGGGGAGAGAGAAUCGGCGAGGGGAGAGCCUGCUUGUCGGGACCGGCUCACUCCCGACAGCAGGAAGGGCAUCUCAGUCAUACUGGAUAUAUUCCGAAGAGCUGACAAAAAUGACGACGGCAAGCUGUCCUUGGAUGAAUUCCGGGCCUUUUUUUCCGAUGGGACCCUCAACGAAGAAGAACUGGAAAAUCUCUUUCACACGAUCGAUUUGGACAAGACCAAUCACGUGGACACCAAGGAGCUCUGCGAUUACUUUGCCUCCCACAUGGGGGAUUAUGAGGAUGUCCUGGCCUGCCUGGAGACCCUCAACCUUUCCAUUCUGAAAGCUAUGGACUACACCAAGAAGGUGUAUGAGAGUGGGACAAAGUUGGACCAGUUUGUGACCCGGUUCUUAUUGAAGGAGACAGCCAGUCAGAUCCAGUCCCUGCUGACCUCUGUGGAAAGUGCAGUGGAUGCCAUCGAUGACCAGACCACUCAGACAGGGUUCUAUGACAGCUCAGCAAGCCGGGCAGUGGUGGGAAGCUGGUACAACAAGCAGCCCCCAGCCAUCCCAGCGAACAACAGGCUGACGGCGCGGGACAAGAAACUGAAAACUGACCUAGCUGUAACAGCCAGCAGAGGAGACAGCCUCGAACUGCAGAUCAACAGACUGGCCGAAUUAAUUGGUCGCUUGGAGGAUAAGACCGUCUGGCUUGACCUGCAGCAGAAGGUGAGAGACAACGAGAACCUGACCUGCUCGCAUCUCUUACUCGUGCGCCAACACAUGACCAUUGGCCCGAAGCAGCUGGCAGAGUUUGGCAGCUCUCUGAAGCAAUAUCUGAAGGAUGUGUCGGCACAGCGAGACUGCUUCCAUGUCACAGCCGUCAGGUUACCGGACGAAGUGUCCUUCGUCGUCUAUGAGUUUUGGGAGAGCGAGCAGCAAUGGCAGAAGCAUCUUCAAAGUGAACGAUCCAAAGCUUUCCAACAUGUCAAAGUGGAUGCACUGACCCAGUCUGAGACCGUCUCAACAUUGUUUAUACCAGCUGCCUGGUGUACUCUGGAUGGGAAGUAACCGGGAUCCUCUCAGGGAAGCUGAGGGUGAGGAUCUGCUGUCUGUGACCAGGCAGGCACCGUCCCUUACCACAGUGGCAGCUCCCACACGGGUUGAGACCUUGGUUUAUUUUGUAAUGCGUUACUUCCAGGAAUAUUUGUUGACUAUUUUACGCACGUUAUUUAUUAAAGAGAAUCGGUGUAUCUGAGCUGAGUGUGUCUGACAGGCCCUGUACGGACGGGGGGAGCUCAGUAAAGGCCGAAUGGUCACAUUGGGAAAGAGCCGGGAGAUCUGGUCCCUUUGUCCUGAGCCUGUCCCAGUCCCCACCCUGCACAGGCACCUCUCUCUGCCCCACAUGGGUCUGGGUGUGGGACGGCUCGGAGCGGCUGGGUCUGGCCUGGGUGUGGGGUGGCUCAGACCUGGCUGGGUCUGGCCUGGGUGUGGGACGGCUCUGACCUUGAUACCUGCCUGUCGGUGGAGCCUGCUGCCACAUUGUGUCCUCCAUGUCCUCUGACAGAUCCCAUUCACACUUCCACCCUACCCCCGCACCUACCCACAUCGCUGCCUGUACCUCCCCUUUGUAUAUCCCCUCCCCUCAACUCCCUUGCAUAUUUUAUCCUGUUUCUCCCUCCCCCCUCUUUGCCCCCUCUGUUCCUCUGCUCCGCAUCGCCCCACCUUCCUCCUGCAGUUCUGGUUCAGCCUCUUAGUACGUUCUGCAGAGGCCCUGUUGUAAUUCCCUGUUCCAUUGCCCCCUGUAUGUUUCUUCAACAUCUCCCUCCUAUACCCGCUCCUGUACCUCUCCACCUCCCACAGGGGCAGUCACAGAUCCUCCGGAAACCCAGGAAUUCAUAGACUCAAAAGGAGCUCCCAAUUCAGAUAGACUCAGACAGAUACCCACAGACUCAGACAGAUACCCACAGACUCAGACAGACACACACAGACAUACGGAGAGCUCCACAAACAGAUGCCACAGAGACCCACAGACACACAGAGAGCUCCACAAACAGCUGCCGCAGAGACCCACACUCAGACAGACACCUACAGACACACAGAGAGCUCCACAAACAGCUGCCGCAGAGACCCACACUCAGACAGACACCUACAGACAUACGGAGAGCUCCGCAAACAGAUGCCACAGAGACCCCAUAGAUACAUUUACAGAGACAGAGACCCACAGACAGACUCCCAUGCGAUGAUGUGGAUAUAGGCAGUUCUACCCUGACCCACCCAGGCCCCCGGCUACACGCCCGGUCUCCGAAUCCAUUGGACAGCGCACUUUGUACUGCUGUUCGGGACUGAGCACAUUCUGCCCAGGGAGAGGCAGGCCAAGGAGGAGGAAGUGCACCCCAUUCCAGACUGGGGACUGUCAGACAGCCUGCCACUUCGCUUUAAGUGUUAAUUUAGCUGAGUCUGUGCAUCAUUUAGUUUAGUAGCUCAGUAAGCUGCUGUUGUUUUCCCUUAGUUACAAGUGUACAGUAAUAACUCACAGCUGUUAAGAUAUAGAGGAAGGAAUAUACAUUGAUUUUCACCAUGAGCAUGGGUGGGUUGUCAGGGAUCCUGUGUACUGCUCUUGGACGUUUGAAUUAAUUACGUACAUGACAUUAUCUAAAUAAAAUUAACGUUAAACCUG